AUGACAGGAGCUGAAAGUUUGUAUUCGACGGUAGUCGCAAACUGCGUCUUCAACGCCUUUUUGUGUUACACCGCCAUCGCGUUGAACAUCAUAACUAUAGAAGCACUUAGAAAUACGUCGUCAAUACCAUGCACUUUGAAAACAUUACUCCUGAGUCUGGCUGUUUCUGAUCUUGGAGUGGGUUUGCUUGUCCAUCCCCUUUAUAUUGCUCGUCUUGUAAUGAACACAGAACAGGGCUCUAACAUCAGUGCUUAUCAUGGGGUAUACACUGUACACCUUAUCAUUGGGUACGUAUUUUCUAACGCUUCAUUCUUGGGCGUUGUCCUUUUAACUGUUGACAGAUUCUUGGCUAUUCAUCUUCAUCUCAGAUACAGGCAACUUGUGACACACAAGCGGGUUAUUGUUGCUGUCAUCUUAAAAGGGCUGUUAAGUUCAGUUUCUUCACUAUUUAACUUGGACAGAAUUUUAGAAAAAGUCAAUGAAACUACAAGUGCAAUCGUUGGAGCUGUUUGUCUCAUAAUUACAGGAUCGCUUUGCUGCAAGAUAUACAGAACCGUAAAACAUCAUAAAAAUCGGAUUCACGCUUUGCAAGUACAGCAAGCAGCACAGAAUGCCGGACAAAUGGCAAAUUCAGCAAGGUUAAGAAAAACUGUUGUAACAACAUUCUAUGUGUAUAUCAACAACAACAACAACAAAUUUUAUUGAAAAUUGGAAAAUAACUAAUUACAUUACUUUCCCACCCGCAAAUAGCUUAUGAACUAAUCGAGGCGGGGGGAGCUGAAGACAUAUUACAAAACAAGAAUUAUAUAUAGAUGGACUAAAUAACAGUGAAGACACUACAAUACAGUAAAUAGAGUUUAAACUAACAUAAAACAAAAAACAAAAAACAAGGCAUAUAUCGUGUUUUUGGUCUGUUAUCUACCAUUGUUUUGUGUCAGGGCUGUCACUGCCACCCGGGGGGAAUCUGCUUUGGGGUUGCAUCUACUUUAUUAUGCAGCGACAAUAAUGUAUCUCAAUUCAUCUCUCAAUCCUCUGAUUUACUGUUGGCAGAUGAGACACAUUCGACAAGCUGUCGUGCACAUACUGCGAAGCGUCUUUCCAUGUCAGUAA